CGGUGUGAUUAGCGACAGCCUGAUUCUGUGUCUAAUGAAUAAAAUGGGGAGGGCAUCCGCCGCGUAUGCCUGUCCACAGUCCAACUUAUCUUGAUGCCCCUUUCUUCCUGUCUCUAUUACCUGCAUCGUUUGACCAUCCGCCUAUUUUCCACUGUUGUAUGAAAUCUGGACAUGUCUGAUCCCCAAGCCUAUACCGUCGGCUGGAUUUGCGCCAUCACGGCCGAGUACGUUGCGGCCCGGGCUUUUCUUGACGAGGAACAUGUUGGUCCGCGACGAGUCGCCCAGCACGAUAACAACAGUUACGUUCUGGGCAGGAUCGGCAGCCAUAAUGUCGUUGUUGCUACCUUACCCCAUGGUCAAUACGGCACGACCUCGGCAGCAGCGGUCGCUAGAGAUAUGCUCCAUAGCUUCCCGAACGUGCGUAUUGGAUUGAUGGUUGGUAUUGGAGGCGGCGCGCCUAGCCAGAAGCAUGACAUCCGACUUGGUGAUGUUGUUGUUAGCAGCGCACGUGACGGAAAGGGCGGCGUCUUCCAGUACGACUUCGGCAAAACCAUCCAGAAUGUCAAAUUUCAAGAGACCGGGUUCUUGAAUCAGCCACCGACACUGCUGCAAACGGCUGUUGCAACGCUCAGGGGCACGUAUGAAAUGAAGGGCCACCAGCUUCUUGACGCUGUUAAUAUAAAACUGGAGAAGAUCAAGAAGAAGACGAAGUAUACACGCCCUCACCGGGCAAGUGACAGAUUAUACAAGCGUAACAUUGUACAUCCUUCAAGUUCCACUGACGGCUGCGACGUUGCGUGUGGCGAUAAUGCCGCUUACCUCGUAGCUCGACAAGAACGGGACGAAGAGGACGACGACCCUGCCAUUCACUACGGCUUAAUUGCUAGCGCGAACCAGCUGAUGAAGGACGCGCGUGUUCGGGACAAGUUGGCGGCGGAGAGGGACGUUCUCUGCUUCGAGAUGGAGGCCGCCGGCCUGAUGAACCACUUUCCGUGCCUGGUCAUCCGGGGAAUCUGCGACUACUCUGACUCGCACAAGAAUAAGGAGUGGCAAGGCUUUGCGGCCAUGAUGGCGGCAGCGUAUGCCAAGGAUCUUUUAUGCCAAAUUGCGCCUAACAGUAUCGAGGCUGAGAAACCCGUGCACGAAGUGCUUGAUUCCAUUCAGGAUAUUCUUUUUGAAGUCCAACAGGGUGUACAAAAACUGAACCUUACUAAAACCGAGGAUUUAUCUAUCGCCCGUAAAUCUCAUUUCGUUGUACCGUUUCCUUCUGAUCCUGACUUCGUUGACCGGCCCGAUAUUUGGGUGUGGACCAAAACGCAACACGCAGGAUCUGAGAGGCGCUUUGCUCUUGUGGGCCUUGGCGGGUUUGGCAAGUCUCAGGUAGCCAUUCAAUUUGCUCACUACGUCCGCGUUACUUUCCCCAAUACCAGCAUCUUCUGGGUCAACGCCAGCACGAAAGAGACAUUCGAGGACUCCUACCGUUCUAUAGCAGAAGUCCUGGCGCUCCCCUGCCGCCACGACCCUGGUGUUAAUGUCUUAGCGCUGCUCCGUAACUGGCUGCAGAGAGAGGACGUGAGCCCCUGGCUGAUGAUUGUCGACAAUGCUGAUGAUGUCAAAAUGCUAUUUUCCAAGCUGAGUUGGGAAAAGGAUACAUCGAUGCCAGUAGCGUCAUAUCUCCCUAGGACGGACAACGGCAAAGUCCUAGUGACGUCGCGCAGCUGGGAUGCCGCAGAGAAGCUCACGGGCAGCGGCAAGAUGAUUUUUAGAGUCCCGACAAUGGAGGAAGCACAGGCGUUGCAGCUUCUCUACAAGAAACUUGACCAAGAUGUCGACGAGGUCGCCGCGUUGCGCCUGGUUCAGACUCUGGGCCAUAUCCCACUUGCUGUCAACCAAGCGGCGGCAUACAUCCACAAACGAAGCUGGGUGACAAUCCAAUCAUACUUAGAAGAACUCCAGAAGAGUGAAAAGCGGAAGGGCACUUUGCUGCGUAGCGACAGAGGGGACGUCCGACGAUACGACGGCGUGUCUAAUUCUGUCGCUCUGACGUGGCAGUUGACAUUUGAGCAGAUCAAACGGGAGCAGCCCCGGGCGGCUAACCUCCUGUCGCUGAUGAGCUACUUCGAUGCGCAAAACAUUCCCAAUUAUAUGCUUCAUGGCUAUAACAGCAGCGACAAUGGCAACGACGAUAAUGAGGACAACGACGAUGGGAAUCUGGAGGACGACUUGGAUGGGCUCCAGAGUUAUUCUCUCAUUACGAUGAAAGCCGCAUCGGGGUUUUGUGAGAUGCACUCGCUAGUACAAUUUUGCACAAAAGUUUGGAUUUCUGAGUUUGGCUGCCCAAAGCGAUGGAAGAGACUCCUCCUCCACUCGGCCUCACAACACUUCCCAUCGGGCAACUUUGAAACAUGGGAAGAGUGUCAAACAUUGAUGCCCCAUGUGGAGCCACUGUUAUCUGAAGAGCCGCCAGAGGAAAGCGAUCGAUUGGAAUGGAGCGGAUUACUGAUGAAUAUGUCUUGGUACUUUGUCAUGAUGGGCGAAUAUUCUAGAGCCGAGGCGGUGGUACAAAAGGCUGUGAGUAUUCGUACAGAAAUUGUAGGCCAGGAACACCCGUCAACGCUCACCAGCAUGGCCUACUUGGCUGUAACAUACCGGGACCAAGGGCGGUGGAAGAAAGCAGAGGAGCUAGGGGUGUGGUUGGUGAAGACGCGCCUAAGGGUGCUUGGGGAUGAACAUCUAGACACGCUUUCUAGUAUAGCUGAUUUGGCAUCAACAUACUGGAGCCAAGGGCGUUGGAAGGAAGCAGAAGAGCUAGAUGUGCAGGUAAUAGAGAUAAGAAAGAGAGUGCUUAGGGAUGAACAUCCUGACACACUUGCCAGUAUAGCUAACUUAGCGUUAAUAUACUGGUGCCAAGGGCGUUGGAAGGAAGCAGAGGAGCUAGGGGUGUGGGUGAUGAAGACGCGCUUAAGGGUGCUUGGGGAUGAACAUCCUGAUACGCUCAUCAGCAUGGCCAACCUGGCUCAUACUUGGGAAAGCCAGGAAAGGUACGACGAUGCAAGAAGGUUGAUGCGUGACUGCCUAGGACUUCGGCAGCGCUUCCUUGGGGUGGACCAUCCCCACACUAGAUCUUCCCUUUCGGCCCUUAAACAGUGGGAGAGGGUUGUUUCACAAGGUCUGAAGAAGAUCCCAUUUGUGAAGAGGCGAACCAUCUUUAAGGUUCUGAUGCGAAAGAGGCGAAUCAGAUUUACGCGCGGCUUAUAUAGACGAUGAGAGCUUAGCUAGAAGAUCGACAGAUAUAGAUAAUUAGCGUGAAACUCUGAAUAAUAUAAGCUAAAUAAGCCGA